GUGCUAUUCGUUUCAAUUAACAACGUUUAUAUUCAAGUCGACUGGUCUCCCCUUAGACCAAUAGUUUUUAAAGUAUGAACAUUUAAAAUGUUGUCACUUCACUAACUGUGCCCUGUUAUCUCAUUUAAGUUAGUAUUUUGAAAGCAAUGUCGUGUGAAAUGACCGGCAAAAAGUUCAGAGCCAUAGUGGGACUCAUGAAGGUCCCGGAGAGAGAGCUCAUGGGGGAUGUUUUACUGCGUGAAAGUGCUGAACCUUCCCUCCCCGUUCACGUCAAUAUCGGUAAAUUCGUGCGUUUGGAUGACGGCCAGUACAUCGACACGGAGGACCGAGAUAAAGCUGUGAAGAGGCGACAGCUCGCAAACGCGAAGGAGAGGCUGCGGGUGAGGAGCCUGAACAGCAUGUUCUCGUAUCUGCGGCGUAUUGUGCCGGUGAUGCCUCGAGAUCGAAAGCCAAGUAAAGUGGACAUGCUGAAGGCUGCAACUGAAUACAUCCGGCUCCUCUCAGCAGUCCUCAAUCACACCUCUGACAAGGGUAAUGAGAAUGCUAAUGUAUUCCUGGAGACUGGAAUCAACUACCCAAGCAUAAACCCUGACUGCUCUGAUCUCUGGAACAUGGAGGAUGCUCUGGACUCAAUGUCCAGUCCAUUUCUGUCUGAGACUAUGAGUUUGACCGCUCCUCUGGUCACAAUGACGUCAGGAGCGGAUGAAGACCUCGAUCUGAAUAACAUGACUGUGCAGUGUGUCGUACCCAUGUACAUCGUUCAGGUCGGCUCUGACCAAACCAUGGUCCCAAGUUCACUCCCAUCCUAGAUGCAGAUCUGCACUUUAGUCACGUUUAGUGCCUUUAAUCACUAAUGUUUUUCAAUAUGUGCCUUUAAGAUCAAAUUUGUGUUGUGCUGUUUGUCUCUAUUACGAAAACCGAUGAAACGUCAGGCAUGACAGGACUGAUGGUUAACUUUUCCGAGCUGCCAUGAGGGUUUAUUUUGUUGUAUUAUUUAUUUUUUUUUAUAAGGGUAAACUCCUUUAGAAUAUGUGAGGAAAAUGUAAAUGAAUUUUAGUUUGAGUCUUUGCAGCUGCUUUAUGUUUGCAUGUGUACUGUAAAUAAAUUGUACAUUUAUCGUAA